UAUAUUACUCCACCCACCGGUACAGAGAGAGAGAGAGAGAGCGCAGCUAGCUUUUGAUUCUCACAGGUUUUAUUGCUGAAAAAUCUAAGCAUGCGCACAAAAACGCACGGAACCCAUAUUUACGAUGAUUUCAGGAGUAUCUCAUCCGGUUCAAUCCACCAAAUUUCGUAGUUAAGUGCUUCUCCGUCUCUGUUUUCCUUCAAAGACGAGUAAAACGUAAUAAAGAAAACAUCUUUCUUCUCUUUUCACGCAGCUUCCUAGAGGGUAAGAAAUUAGCCAUAAGUUACCCAGCAAAACCACAAAGACAUUUGUGAUUUUUAAAUAAAAGAGGAAGGGUACUGGUUUGCAGAGGCUUAGUACUUCUGCAAGCCGAGCUUCCUUUCUCGCUCUUCAUAUAUCGAAGUACAGGUACUGCUGUAAAAGCCUCUUGUUCGUGAUGCUUGUGCAUAUGACAAUUGGUAUCUGUUGAUGAGAAUGGGGAGUUUCUGUGGAGAUCUUAAGUGAGAGAAAGAGAUUGCAGCUGGCAUAAUGGGUGCUGUCUGUUGCUGUUUGAAUUCUGAGAGUUUUGAAGAUUAUGUAAAUCCAAAUAGUUCUGUAUAUAGGAACUGUAUGUGUCUCAGUUGCUUUAUUCAGAACCUUUUAAAUGUGUACACCUCACUAUUCAGAAGAGGGGAAGUGCAUUCCCUCCCUUCGUCUAUUCAGGGGACAGCAUCUAUGACUUCUGCAGCAUCACUGGACAACACUCUAUCUGACAUGUAUCGCUCUCCUCCAAGGCCCUUGCCUUACGAUGCAGACCCCAGAUAUUUCCGCUUGCAGCGGGACGGACUAGUUUCAAGACGUGAAAAGGGCUCGAGUCAUUCACACGAGGAGACAGAACCUCUAAGAAGUGAUGUCGAUGUAGAUGCAGUAUCUUUAAAUUCGGGAGACAAAUGGAGUGAAUCUCCCUGUGAAGAUGGAUCUAAAGAAUAUCGUUCUAGGUCCUCACUUAAGCUCUCACAAGCAAAAACUAUGACUGGAGUUGGGAACAUUUAUACAUCAGAAGAUGAGGAUGUCUGUCCUACUUGUCUUGAAGAAUAUACUCAAGAGAACCCCAAGAUACUGACAAAGUGCUGUCAUCAUUUUCACCUUGGUUGCAUUUAUGAGUGGAUGGAGAGAAGUGAAAGCUGUCCAGUUUGUGGCAAGAAUGAAAAUGAUGCAAAAUGAUGUAGCUGCCUGAAUCUCUGCUCAAUCUGACUUGGAAUUCAUUGGGUUUGCUUCUUUAGGUGAUGGUAUUUGAUGAAACAACUAAUCUUGAUUGAAAGGUUUGCGUUGUGGAGGAAGCAAGCAUCGCAAGGAGAUAUUGUGCAUACCACAGAUUAAAGAGUUUGUCAUCCAUAGUAAAUAUAAAAAAUUGUUCUCAUAUCCAUUGUUGUGAAUACAUUCCGUCUCAGAUGUGCGUUGUUCACUACCCCUGGGUAACUUGGCAGUAAAUUUCCAUUUUCGUUGAUUUGGGAGAAAAGAUAGAUAAAGAAAUAAGAUUCAUUCAAACAAACGUUGAGCUACAUGAAAGGCAAUGAAUGCUGAAGACAAAGAGGCCAAGACGAGUUUCCUCAAAGUGAAUGGACCGAGGAGAAACAUCUGUACUGACUCCUGUCCGGAGUGUAUAGUUUUUGUUUACAUUUUUACUUUUUGGCAUCAAGGCGUUGUUGGUUCUAAUUAAGCUUGAAUAUUGAUUUGGCUUUAAAUACUAAAGAAACAGGCACAGGGGAAGGUAAAUUACACGGCUUAAUUUCUGUUGCUAAUUUUAGUCGCAACCACUGAAGUGAUAUGCAUAUGCUUUCUUUCUGCGUGUA